AUGCCCUUCUCCUUCCUCACCCGCUUCACCCGCCCCUUCACAACAACCACAAUGUCCCUCGCCGCCAACUCCUCCACCGGCGCCGCCCUCCCUCCGGGCGCGCAAAAGGCCACCAUCGCCGCCGGCUGCUUCUGGGGCGUCGAGCACCUCUACCGCAAGCACUUCGCCCAAAAGGGCCUCAUCGACGCCCGCGUCGGCUACAUCGGCGGCGACCUCUCCAACCCGACCUACCGCGCCGUCUGCGGCGGCGACACCGGCCACGCGGAAGCCCUGCAGGUCGUCUACGACCCCGCGCAGGUCUCCUACCGCGUCCUCCUCGAGUUCUUCUACCGCAUGCACGACCCCACCACCGCGAACCGCCAGGGCCCCGACACCGGCCCGCAGUACCGCAGCGCCAUCUUCUACCACGACGACGAGCAGCGCAAGACGGCCGAGGAGGUCACGAAGCUGGCGAACGAGCAGUGGUACAAGGGCAAGAUUGUGACGGAGGUGAUUCCCGCGGGGCAGUGGUGGGAUGCCGAGCAGUACCAUCAGCUGUAUUUGCACAACAACCCGUCGGGCUACGAGUGCCCGAGUCACUUUUUGAGGACGUUCCCUGAGCUGCAGGGGUGA